AUGGCGUACCUCCCUCCCCACAAGCGGCACCCCAGCACCACCGCCUCCACGUCCACUCCCGCACCCAACCCGCCACCUCCGUCCCUCUCUUCCUCCCUCCGCUCCCUCUCCCUCUCCUCCGCGCGCGGCCGCGGCCGCGGCGCCGGCGGACGCCACCCGCGCGCUUCUACAAAGAUCAUCCACGCCGCCGGCUGCAUCUCCCGUUGGUCCCCGCUACCGCCCUUCUCCCCUGGCGGCGACGGCGAGGAGCACACCCUCCGCCUCGAGCCCUUCCCUUGCGCCCCCAUCGAGCACAGGACCGGCGCCAAACCCCUUGCCCUCGUCGUCGCCUCCACCCCGGUACAAGGCUCCUCUGGCUCCACUGCGGUGGCUGUCACCGCCAUCGCCGAGAGGUUCCUUCCCGACCUCCUUGCCGCCGCGGAGAGGACCAAGGCGGAAGGCGCGCCUAAGGAUGAGUUGGUGAAGCUGAGUCUCGUGGCAAGGCUGGGAAAGGUGCUCUUCCAGUUCCAGCCCGGUGGAUCGCCCGUCUCACUGGACACACUCCGCCAGGCCGCUAAAGCAGGGGAAGAUGGUUCCAAGAGCCAGUUGCGUAAAUCGUUCUACACCAAUGUGCCUAGUGAGUGUCUGGAUGAUAUGGAGCGGUCCAUGGUGAAGAGGAUGGGGCUGGAUUUUGAUUCGUCCAAGGAGCACUACCAUGUGAAGGUUUUUGACAAGAAUCAAAGUGAUUCUACAAUAUCUUGCAAAUGCACCGUGGAGGAAGAUGAGAGCCUUGCUAUCCAUAAGGUUGAAUUGAAUCAGGUACGGCACUUGGUGGAAGACAUAUCCUGUCUUUUCAAAGGUCUUGAUCUAAGGCUGAUGUUGUGUAAGAAAAGGAUCCUGAAAAACCUAGAUUCUGAAGUGGAAAAUGCUGUAAAGAGCUUGGUGUCUGCUGCUGUUAUUGAUCCUAAUGUGAAAGGGGGAAUUAGAUGGCCACUUGGAAAGGAGUCAAUUGGGGAGAGGUUCAGCAUAGUUGGGGUGUGGCACACAAACUACAAAGCUUUCAGAAAUGAAACCAUGAGGCUCAAGCUAAGGCAUGCUGACAGAUUUGAUCACCGGAGCUCGAGUGGGGAAGUUUCUAAUGAAGUCACGUUCAAACUAACUGCCAUUUCUCGCAAACUGGAGGAAGGUGAGCCGGUGGAGAACUCUGUGAAGGAGAUGCUGGAGUCUGCUGUCCAAAUGGUCUGGGACAAUGCGCUGAACUACCAGAUCGUGCCUUGA